AAUAUUAUAAUUGUAAUAAUACAAUAGUUAUUAGUAUGAAUAUGAACGGCAGAAAUGGUGCAUAACCCACGAAAAUGAAAUUAUAUUUUGUUUUUUCUUAGCUAUUUAUUUAUUUUCAAUAAUAAGUUGAUGAAUUCGAAAUGUUAAUCAAGUACAGCGUUCUCCGUUAUAACAUUUGUGUAUUAUACAGUGUUAAAUAAAUGAUAGCUGCAUAAUUUAUGAUUAUUAUAAAUAUAAUAUUUUAAAGAACGUAUAAUCCGAUAACUGUGUAAAGCGACCAACUUAUUCUUUCUAAAAUAUUAAUUUGUGCCAAUUACUAUUUAAAAUUCUAAAAUGGAAGCAACAAUUAACUAUCUUAUACGAUCUAUAUUUCUUUUAAAUGAAAAAACAGUACCCCCAGCAUUAGAAAAACAUCUUACACAAAAAAUAUUUAACAAACCCAACAAAGAAGCAAUGGAACAAGUAAUAUACUUAUUGUUCUCGGUACUCGACCCUAAGCUUAUAAAAACCAUUAUGUGGCCUAUUAGAUCUCCUAAAGAAGCAGCAGAAUUUCGAAAUGCAGCUACAUUAAUCAUAAACGGAUUGGAAGGAUUUACCUAUCAAAAAUCUUUGAAUCAUGUUGGAAAAGUAAACUCUUCUCUAUUAGCCAAUCCGGGAGGUCCAACAUUUGUAUAUUUUUUAUAUCAAUUUUGUAUUUAUGUAUUAAGAUGCGACUUGAAAAAAAAAGGAAUUUCUGGUAUUGAUGAACCAUUCUACAUUGAGGAUCAAUAUAUUAACAAUAAAUUGGGAUUUUUUCGUAAAUUGACGGAUGAUAAUUUUACUGAAGUUACUGAUAUAAUUAAUCAAGUAGAAUUAGAACAACAAAAUACCUCAGACAGAAUUAUAAAAUACAAAGAAAUUAUUCAAGACAGUAAACAAAAAAUAAAAGAUAUUAAAACUGAACUACAGACAAUUGUGCAUAAUGAAAAUACUGAAAAAGAAGUUCUAGUGCUACAUCAACAAUGUGCUGAGCUAAAUGCCCUGUUUAAGCAAAAUGAAUCAAUUGCUGUAGAAUGCAUCAAAUUAGCUGAUAUCAUUUUAAAAUGUCCGGAAAUUUGUGAUGCAGAAGUAUUAAGUUUUUUCACAGAUCAAAACAGAGAAUUUUUAAUCGGAAAUAAUGGGAAAAUACACCUUUUUAAAUUGCUGACAUUUAUCAAAAACCGUUUAAUUGAAGUCAAUAAAUGGUGUAAGCAAUUAAAUAAAGAGCAUGAAGAAAUGUGUGAUAUUCUGCUAGAAACUGAACACAUGGUUAAUAAAAUGACAAAACAACUAGAAUGUUAUAGAAUUAUUAUUAAGAAUUUAAGCAAACAAAUUGAUAAAUGGAAUACUGAAAACGAAGAACUUGAAAAAGAAGUAUACAGCGAGAAAUGUCUUGAAGGUGUAGAUUCUAGAAUACUAUCGGUUUACAAAAAAACUCCUUCUAUAGUAUUGAAGCCAAAAAAAACCGAAAAUCCAAUUAUAAUUACUACUGAAGAUAGAAAAAAGUCAAGGAGGUCGAUUUUACUUGAUUGUGGAAAACCAUACGUAAAAAAAAAUAUAUCUAUUGAUGAAAUAAAAGACCUUUACAAUAGCAUCAGAUUAGUUGAACAGGAUCAGGAUGAUAACUCAUUUUGUGACAUUUUUAAAGAUGCUGAAGAACAACUAAAGACAAAUGACCAAACUAUACUGCCUCCAAAAAAUAAAAUUGAUGAAUCACCUGAAAAUAAAAAUAUGGCUGCUAAAAAUCAAUUAAAGUGUAUUCAAUCUGAUCACUUCAAACCAAUUCAGGUGAAAGGAGAUGAAGUUAGUUGUGUAUCUAUUUCUCGUAGAUCUAUUGAAAAUAUAAAACAGAAGUUUAUUAAGAUUAAAAAUCAGGCGCAGAUGAAUACAAUUCCACACUCUCCACUAUCUCCAAGAAAAUAAGGAGUUUACAUAAUAUAGAUUAAUAUUAUAUUAUGCACAUAAUUGUUACACACAUUUUUUGUAAAAAUAAUU